ACACCACCAUCAAACCAACAAGCCAACAACAACAACUCUUCUUCCCUCUCACUCUCUCUCUUCUCUCUACUGUUUCAUGCAAAACCAUUUCUAGGGUUUUCCGUUUCCGUCAUUCUCCUCCUCAAUUCCCCUCCUCCGGCACCGCCUAGCCAUGGCAUUUCCGACGAAGAAGCUCAUCGACGACCCUAACGAUGUUGUGACUGAGUUCAUUGAAGGUCUUGUGGAGACUUAUCCUGGACUGCAGUAUUUAGAUGGCUUUCCUCUGGUAAAGGUUGUGCUACGGGCAGAUGUUUCAGCCGCAACAUAUGAUAAGGUUGCAGUCUUAUCAGGGGGGGGAAGUGGGCAUGAGCCUGCCCAUGCUGGAUUUGUGGGAGAAGGAAUGCUUACAGCAGCAAUUUGUGGAGAUAUAUUUUCUUCUCCACCCGUUGAUUCAAUUCUAGCUGGAAUACGAGCUGUAACUGGUCCUAAGGGAUGUCUUUUGAUUGUAAAGAACUAUACUGGUGAUCGUUUGAACUUUGGUUUGGCUGCUGAGCUAGCAAAAUCUGAAGGUUAUAAAGUAGAGACUGUUAUUGUUGGGGAUGAUUGUGCGCUACCUCCACCACGAGGGAUCGCUGGAAGAAGAGGUUUGGCUGGGACUAUUCUGGUUCAUAAGGUUGCAGGAGCUGCUGCUGCUGCUGGUCUUUCUCUUAAUGAUGUUGCUGCUGAAGCUAAACAUGCAUCUGAAAUAGUGGGAACAAUGGGUGUUGCUUUGAGUGUUUGCACAAUUCCUGGUCAAGUGACAUCAGACCGUUUGGGGCCUGGAAAAAUGGAACUUGGUCUUGGAAUUCAUGGGGAACCUGGUGCAGCGGUGGUUGAUAUUCAGCCUGUAAAUGUGGUGGUUUCUCAUGUUUUGCAACAAAUAUUGUCAACGGAAACAAACUUUGUUCCAAUAACUCGAGGAGAAAGAGUGGUUCUCAUGGUCAAUGGGUUAGGUGGCACUCCUACCAUGGAACUGAUGAUUACAGCUGGAAAAACAGUUCCAAAAUUACAGCUGGAGCAUGGACUGGCUGUUGAUAGAGUUUAUACAGGGUCAUUUAUGACUUCUCUUGAUAUGGCAGGUUUCUCAAUUUCUAUCAUGAAGGCUGAUCCUGCCAUUCUUCAACGAUUAGAUGCUCCGACUAAAGCUCCUUAUUGGCCUGUUGCUGCUGAUGGUAAUCACCCACCUGCUAAGAUUCCUGUUCCAAUCUCGGGAUCUCGAUCGGCCAAGACUGAUGAGCCACCAAGUCAACCUCAACAAUUAAAUGAGCAAGGCCAAAUUCUUCAAAUAGCCAUUGAAGCUGCUGCAAAUGCAAUUUUAAAUCUUAAAGACAAUCUAAACGAAUGGGAUGGUAAAGUUGGUGAUGGUGACUGUGGAUCAACUAUGUCUAGAGGUGCAAAAGCAAUUCUUGAGGACAUCAAACAUUACCCUCUAAAUGAUGCUGCUGAAACUCUCGGUGAAAUUGGCUCAUCAAUUGGAAGAUCCAUGGGAGGAACAAGUGGGAUCAUUUAUACAAUAUUUUUUAAGGCAGCACAUUCACAUUUGAAGGCAAGUUCUCAUUCUGGUGUCACAUCAAAACAAUGGGCUGAAGCACUUAAAGCUUCCAUUGCUGCUGUAAGUAAAUAUGGGGGUGCUAGUGCUGGUUAUAGAACAUUGUUAGAUGCCCUUAUUCCAGCAUCGUUGGUUCUUGAAGAGAAAUUAAAUUCUGGUGAUGAUCCAUGCACCGCUUUUAUUCUCUCCUCUGAAGUUGCAUUAGCUGGAGCUCAGUCAACUGUAGACAUGCAAGCACAGGCUGGUCGUUCAACAUACAUUUCUGGAGAGAUUCUUUCAACAGUUCCCGAUCCUGGUGCCAUGGCUGCGGCGACAUGGUUCAGAGCUGCGGCCUUAGCUGUGAAGGCAAAACAUGAGAGCUAAGCCUCGACUCGACAUACAUAACUCUUCUUACAAUCUCCUGUUUGUGCGGAUAUAGCCAAGUUUUGUUACGAAUUUUGUACUCCUGUAACCAACCAUUUAGGCUCUCCGCUUAUGUCUAUGCCUUUUUUGCAUAAAGCUGAGAGAGCCAUUGUCAGUCACUUACCUUUAUAUACACGCCAAAUUUUAAAGUGGAUGUAAAUUUUACACUUUCUCAUUAUACAAUCAAUCGAGAAUAAUAUCCCUCUCAAUUUCAUCU